AUGGCUGCGUCAUGCACUUAUUCCAAAUGUAAUUUUUUACGUAUUGAUCAUACAACAUUAACGCCACGUUUUUCAAUCGACGAUAAUGAAAGUUUUAACAAUGGUAUUGCUUAUUUAAAUAAUCAUGGCUAUGCAAUUUUCCGUGAUGUUUUAUCUCAAGAUGAGAUAAACACUAAUAUAGAUUUAUUAUGGCAAUUUUUUGAAAAUAUUCCCGGAUGCCGAAUUCAACGUAGAGAUCCUUCAACGUGGUCAAAUUAUUGGCCAGGUUUUACUACUCAUGGUGUUGUAAAUAACUGCGGUAUUGGUCAAUCUGAUUUUAUGUGGAAUAUUCGUUCGAAUCCAAAUGUAAAACGAGUCUUUUCUCAGAUAUGGAAUACAAAUCAAUUAUUAGUUUCGUUUGAUGGUUGUGGUAUUUUUCGUGAUUGGCGUUAUGAUGCCACAUGGAAAACGAAAGGCGGAUGGUUUCAUGUUGAUCAAAAUCCUGUGUGCAAACCCGAUCGAUGUUGUAUACAAGGCUUUGUUUCAUUGACAAAUCAAAAUGAGAACACCGGCGGUUUUAUAGCUAUUCCGAAUUCACAUUUACGUUUUGCAGAAUUAGCUACACUUACUCGCGGAAAAAGAGAUUUCGUGAUGAUACCCCGAGAUCAUCGAAUUUUAGACAAUGGCCAAGCUAUCGGAAAACUUGUUCAGUGUCAAGCAGGUGAUCUCGUUCUAUGGGAUAGUCGUCUCGUACAUUGUAAUUCGCCUGCAUUCGCAAUUCAAGAACGACGUGAUGACGAACCUGUAGAUUUCUUACGAAUUGCUGCGUAUGUGAGCAUGAGUCCGCCGGUAUUCAUACGCGAUUAUACACUUGAACAGUUUCGAAAACAACGAAAAUCAAUAGUAGAAAAUAAUUGUACAUUGACACAUUGGAGUACUGAAUUACAACAAACGCGCGAGCCUGGUGAUUUGCCGACAGUAUCGUUGAAAAAAUUUAAUACAUAUCAACGUGCGCUUAUUCUCGGUACUGAUACAGAUGACGCAUGA